UCUAUUUCUUUAUCUCAGCUUUCAUGUCUAGGUCUACGGCAGUCUAUGCAAAGUAAAAUUAAUAGAGAGUUACCUGUCUUGCUAAUGUAAGAUAAACAUAACCGAUAAUAAAAAUAGGAGCAGCUGUAGUCCAAACCUUGGUGAUAGUGACAACGAAAUUUUGUGGAAUAAAAUGUGAUAUCUGACGAUCAGUGGCGUUUGCCUAAUGUUUUCGGUUUAGUAUCUUCUGUUUUUUUAAUUUACAACUGAAAUAAUAUUGGUGUCUGAUGUGCGUUUGCAACUGCUGUCAUGUCAUCGCUGUCGAAAAAUUUAAUGAUUUUUAAUUCUCACACUGCAGCUAGGGAUAAAAUAUUUCGAUUUGUACAGUAUGGCUCUCGUCUGAUCUUAUGGCAGUUAACUUACGGCUCUCCUGAUGUUAAAGGGGGAGUAAUCACAAGGUUAAGGAAGCUGGAGGGUGCCUUAGGCUUGUCUCGCAAGUUAUUUCGUCUAGGUAACUGCAUUGACUUGGCCCACAAAGCUUCUGAUGCUCUCUCCAUCCCUGAGCUGGGCAUGAGACUGCUGACUUUUACAUCACAAGUCAUGAAAGCUCUCUGGCUUCUCAUUGACCAUUUACUUUGGUUUAGUAAAGUUGGUCUUGUUAAUGUGGAUCAAAUAUUUUGGAACCAGUGGUCUUUAAGAGCUUGGCUAAUUGCCUUGACAACAGCCAGCAUUGCUGAUAUGAUUAAGUUGCAGGGUGUUCAGAACAAGCUACACAGACAUCGCAAGGAGUUUGGGAAAGAUGCCAAAAUAUCAGACAAACUUCAGAUUGAGAUGCAUUCUGUGCGCAUGAAUUUCUGGCGAGACUUCUGUGACCUAUUUAUCCCUCUGGGUGGAUUAAGUUACGUCAGCCCUGGCUUUUCUGCACUGACUGGAGUUGUUUCAUCUGUUAUAGGCUUCAAGCAGGAAUGGGAAAAACAUAUUCAACCUUUUAAACCUCAGAACUAAAAAAAUAUAAUUCAAACAACGAAAUUUAACUUACUUAAACGCUUUGUUAUGUUGGCACCAUGAAAGUUAAUUUUAUUUUUUAUUUAUAUUAAAAAGUAUUUUCUUCAAAUACAAAUAAUGUUCCUUACUAUAUGCAUAAAAUGAAAAGUUUUAAUUAAUAUUUAAUGACGAACAUUCAGCAUGUGAGGGAAUAUGACGUGUUAAUUGAGACAUUAUCACCCACUGGGUAAUGUCACUUAAUGCUGACUUCCUUCUUUUGUUGUAUGUUAGUUUUAUUUUAUACUGCUGGCUGCUGUUACUGCUAUUAGUGUUACUUAAUAUGGGAUAAUGAUGCUGAAAUGAUGUUUUAUCCAGUGUAAAAUCAUUUAGCUGAAGUCCCUGUGUUGAUUUUCUGCUUCAAUAUUGUUUGCUGCUGAUGUAUGCUUUAUUUCAUUUUUGUAAUGUUCAGUUGAAGAAACAUUGUUGCCCUUUUAAUCUCCAACAAUUGUACAACAUUAGUCUCUGGUCAAAGGUUGAAGCUAAACAAGAGUGAUGUUCAGAGUAAUUUUCACUUUUUAUCAUUUUAGAGUUGCAUCAGUAUAUAUGGUAAAAUAAAUAACAAUGUGAGAAAAUGAUAAAACACUCCCUACCAAUGUUGUGCUUUAUAUGUCACCAAUCUGCUAAAGCUUUCAUCCCGGUAAACUAGAAUUGUAUAUUUUUUAGUUUAUUUAUUUUUUAAUAGUAGUACAUGUCUAAUGGAGAGGCAUUGUGACAACAUUUCAUGUACUUAAUAAUAAUACAAGCAAAACUUACACUAAAAUACUUACUACAAAUCAUGUGUUUUGAAUCUGAAAUAUUUUUAUAUGAUUUUUUUUUCUUGUUGAUUAUUAUUUCUGAAAUACAGCAAAAUAUGUUAGUUGACUAAAUAUGACGGGUAGAAAUAUCUUGAAGUCACCAUUUUUGUUGUAUGAAUUAUUUAUUUCUUUGCUUACAUUUUUCUUUGUAUCAAUGCAACAGUUUGAAGAAUAUUUUAGUAUUGGUAACUAAUUAGUUGUAAUAUCAGUUGAAAAGUUUGCCAUUUCUUUACUUUAUUACAAUAAUGAAAAAUUUAAGCGCUAAUAUUUUAAAAUAUGUACUUUAAGCAGAGCAAAAUCAAAAUAAAACAAUGAAUGAUAUUUACCAUUUGUAUUGGUUUUCUGGAGCUAGUUUUGAAAAAUAAAG